AUGGAACUGUACAAGGAGCUCAUAAAUGAUGGUUGGAUUCCUACGUGGACCGGAACCAUGGAUCACGUUCGGCCUGAUCAGCAACGGGCGGGUGGUGCCACGAGGAUUCAUGUACGAAUGGCGAAGAAGGAUGAGCGGAUCUGGACCGUCGUGGAAUUUCAGGCACCUUCGUGUGACGAUCUCAAACCCCUGAUAAAGCAUACCGCUGUUGAACCUGGUUCCAGCAUCUCUCUACUUCCAUCUGCAGGGGUCCGGGGAAUAGGAAAGGCGAGGUUAGGCGCGGUUCUCGGGAUAGCUCCGUUCUGCACACCAGGUUUGGGAAUAAGCAAGCCGCUGCCUCCGUUGGACGAUCCUCGAAUAGUCGGUCUCGAUAUAGAGCAAAGCACCCACGAACGACGAGGCCUGUUCCCCAUGUCUCAUGACCCCCUUAUCAGCAUCGCGAUCGUUACUUGGCAGGAGGAAUACAUGUGCGGCUUCGUCCCCGGAAGAUGUGAUAUGGAGAGGUGUGCGCCGGACAGCCGGUACAAGAUUAUCAAGUUUGCAGAUUCCACAGAUUUGGCGGACUGGGCUAUGGAUUGGCUUAUCAAGAACGUGCCUGACUUCAUCUGCAUUCAUAACGGUUUCAAGUACGAUGUAUCCCGGUUGGCGGUUCAUUGCUCGCCUAGAUUCCGGCCCUAUUUCGUGGAACUCAACUUGGGAAAGGCCGAUAAGGGGUUCGAUCUAGCAAUUCCAGGCUCCACCGUUAUAGAUACCAACUGGUUUCUCAGCAAGCUGCAUAAUGUUGAUUAUCUCACGUUUAGCCUUGAUAGCCUUGCAGGUGCGAUAGGAGAGGAAGGGAAGAAGGAACACCCGACGAUGAACGUGAAACCUGAUGACGACGACCUGGACAUGACAACCAUGAUAAUCUAUAAUAUUCACGACGCUUACCUGCAUAUCAAAGUUGCUCUGAAUACUCGUUGCAUCGAGGAAAUCUGCACCAUGUGUUCCGUCUUUAAGUCCCCGAUAGCAGAUGUAACGAGGUUCAUUAGCGGCACGGUAGUUUGUUCGAUGGCGGCUUCCUUCGCCCUUUCUCUCGGCUUGGUAAUAGACUGGUCGGUCGAGGGAUGGGAGGAGGUGAAGUACAAGGGAGCCUAUGUGCUGUCCCCGGUGACAGGUUUUCACAGCAACGUGACAGUCCUAGACUUUGCAUCCAUGUAUCCUAGCAUCAUGAUUGGGGCUAACAUAUCCCCUGAAACAAUCCAUCGAGUCACCGACCCUGAUGCAAGGGAAUUCCUCAUCGAGCGAUACGACCUCAGGCGCCCAAAAGAAGACGGAGACGUAGCAAUAUCAUGGACAGACAAGUGCGUUCUCAUGAGGUCAUCAGACGUAAUCUUUAUCAUCGAUCGUACAGAGCCGGGCAUCACGCGUAUGAUGUGCGAAGACCUGAUUGCGCAGCGAAGAUUACUGCCUAACAAGAACAGUCCUGAAGGUUGGACUUUGAAGAUCGGUACCAACAGCAUCUACGGCGUAUUCGGGGCGUCUACCUCAGGACUGUCUUGUAAGCUUGCAGCUAUCGCCGUAACAGCUAUUGGCAGGUUCUUGUUGCGCAAUCUUGUCCGCUUGGCUGAGGAAAAUGGGCUUAAUGUUUUAUAUGGGGAUACGGACUCAGUCUUUGUGAAACGCACAGCCACUGCAACGUGUAACGAAACAGAUCUUAUAGGUGUUUACCACGACUGGUCCAGGACUACGCCGUUCGAGGCCGUGAAGUUAGAGCACGACAAGACCUACUCCGGCAUUAUCCUCGUCAGACCAAAGAUUUAUUACGGCUGGACGUCCGGACAAGGAACCCCCGUCAUGAAAGGCAUGGCAUCGAAACGUAGAGAUAGGCCAGAUGUUGCCCGGCACGCUCUCCGCGAUGUUUGCGAUGCCAUAUGCUCAUUGGGUGAUGACGGUGACACUUUUGCAGCUGUAUCCGAAGUCAUUUACAGGGUAGUCCGACGCACGAGGCAGGGGAAUAUCGACCCGCUCAUCUGCAUGCGAGAAACCAAGGUGGAAGGUAUCAUCAUGUACGCUUAUAAGGGAGAGUCCGGCGACAUCGUUUACCUCGACAGAUCCAAAUUUGAUGGUACCUUGCCCGAAGCGAUCGACGUGGAAUGGGUUACGAGCAGCAUCGAAUCAUCUUUAUCCAGCAUACUCGAAGCCUGUCACCUGCCACCUGUCACCCGCAUCAUCGAAAUCAUGGACGAAAGGAUCGACGAUAUAGAAGAUCUAGUUUAA